AUGCUGCACGUGGCUCGCACCGUUGGCGGCACUGUGUUCACGCGUAGGUUCGUGAACAGGGCUGUCACGUUCACGCUGGGCUUUAUCACAUCGUACGCGUUCACCAACCCCGAUCUAGAGCGUGUUUGGGAGGUACACCCGGCGUUCUCCCAGCGCGACUACGCCUUUUUGAGUUUUUACGAGGUCGACAAGGAACACUCGUCUGAGUUCGAGAACAAUGUUAAGUGCCUGACGCGGUACCUCCAGACUCAGGAAGGUUAUGGCAGCACAAAGCUUGUUCGCCUAGAGAACAUGACCCCCGGAGGCCCACUGGAUCGAUACCAGUACCUGGGUAUUCAGACGUGGUUCAGCCCGGAUCUUAUGAAAAAGGCUACCAGCCAGUCCUUUUCGCAGCGCAUGAUUGCUAAACUGUGCCUACGUUCGCCCUUCAACAGCGUAAUGUACAAGAUUGUAGUUGACGACCGCGACUUCGUGCCAAACGCAUGA